CGACCUCUGCGGGGCCUGCGCGGACGCACCGAGAACCCUGAAAUUCAUUAUGCGUUUAAAAGCGUUAUUUAUUUCCGCAUAACCUUCAUACUCUCACCGGGAGGGCCGAGCGGAGGAAAGAAACGACGGCGGUCGAUCUCUUUCGGGACAAUUCAUCGCUUGUAAAUAAAUUAUUUCUAAGUCGAAAGGGAGACACUGUUGAGAAAGUGAAGAUUGUAAUAUAUACGUUUUAAGACGAAGGAGAAAAAAACAUGUCCGGUGAGAGAAACCGCAGGUCGCUGGCUUUCCGAGGAGGUGGAUUCGCUGGGUUAACGGGCUCCAGCGGCAUCGGAGGGGGGAACUGUAACAGCUGGGAGGCCCCGGCCUGUCAAGACCGACAUUUUAAUGGGAAUAAUAGGCCGGAUCAGGAGGAGGACCGGGAUCUAGGAGCGAAAGGACCGUCGCAGAAGAGAGUGGAGGGCGCAGGGUCUGUCAGCGACAGCACGGAGCCCGACGCGGAGGAAGAAGAGGACCCGGAAGGGGGAAGCUGGGCAGCCGGGGACGGCGAAGGAGACGACGGGAUCGGGGAGGGGAACGAUCCAAACAACAGCAGCAGCAACGAAGACGGCCAGGGGUCUCGGAGCGCUGCGAGGGGCGGCGAGACGGGCUCCAGGAAAUCUGGGGUAGAGAUGAGACCGCAGACGCAGCUCCUGAAACACUCGCUAUUCCACGCUUCGUGGCUGCAAGAGUUUCCGUGGCUGAAAUUUUGCCAAGAGACGGGACUCAUGUCUUGUUCGUGGUGUCACAACAUUGCCACUAAAAACAGCGACGAGCUCGUGAAAGGCAGCCGAAACUACAAGCGGGCCUUGCUGCUGAGACAUCACCUGUCUUCUGAGCACGGCAGAAAUGACCCCACCAAACAGGAGACUGUGAGGCCCUCGGAGAACACCAGCCCCUCCACUAACUGCUCAGAGGAAGAUUACCGCAACAAGCCCCAUGAGAACUCCUACUGUUACCAGCUUCUACAAGAGUUGGACAAACAGCGUAAAAGUGGAAUCCUCUGUGACGUGAACAUAGUUGUCUCAGGCCAGGUGUUCCGCGCCCACAAGAACAUCCUGGUGGCAGGCAGCCGCUACUUCAAAACCCUCUACUGUUUGACCAAGAGCGAGGCCCAGGACCAAGCCACUGUCACACACCUGGAUGUCGCCGCCGUGCAGGGCUUCUCGGUUAUCCUUGACUUUCUCUACUCUGGAAAUUUGCUGCUCACAAGCCAAAAUGCCAUUGAGGUGAUGACUGUUGCUAGUUACCUCCAAAUGACAGAGGUGGUUCACUCGUGCAGAGCUUUUAUAAAGGAUGCCCUUAAUAUCAGCAUUAAGCAAGAGGCUCCAGAGUCGGUGGUGGUGGAUUACAACAAGAGGCAAAUGGUGGCUAAAGAGGGACAGAGGGGGCUGGACCGAAAACCGAGCAACUUCUGGGCCACGAGCAUCCUGUCAAAACUGUCUAUCAAGGCAAGCAGCAACCAAGGAAAAGAUGCAAUGGAAGAGGAUGACAUUAAUGGCAGGGUAAAGGAAGAGACUAAUGACAUAGAGGUGACUGUGGUUGGGGGUGAGGGCUGUGCCCUGAUGCCCCCUGGAGCCUCUGGUAGCUGGACCCACCACAACGACACUUCAUCCGAUUCAGCCGAGACCAAUGAAACCCGGACGGCAAGUGGCCAGGCGCAGGUCUUCGUCUGGAACGAGCCAACAACAGGGGGCACGGCUUCAGCGCCAGCAGCGAUAAAGCGAGAGGCACCCGAUGCUGCGGGCGGAAGUGGACGGAGGAAAAAGCAGACCACCACAAGACGUUUUGUCUACAACUUCCAGCCUGAGCCAGAGGAAGGAUUUGAUGAAGGCAUGUUCAUCCAACCGUCAGCCUCCUACCCCAGAGAGGACUUCUCUUCCCUCUCAGAAAAUGCUGUUUCUCCUGGUUCUUGUCUUUUACAAGUGCACAAAAAAGACAAAAAGUACAAGUGCAUGGUGUGCAAGAACAUCUUCAUGCUCGCAGCGAGCGUCGGGAUCCGCCACGGCUCGCGGCGCUACGGCGUGUGCGCCGACUGCGCCGACUCGCACCAGGCCACCCAGGAGGGCCUGGAGGGCAUCGAGUUUUCUCGAGACGAAGACUUCGACGGGGAGGAAGGGGAGGACGCGGAGGGGGAGGAGCCCGCCGACAACGACCAAUCAAACUGGGGCGAGGGCAACGCUGGUGCUGCCCCCGAGGAGGACUGAAAAUGAUAAACAA